GGAGGAUACGUGCGAUAGUGUGCAGCGAGAUCUGAGGGAGGGAGGGUGUGUCGAACUUGCUGUCGAAGCGCGUUUCAGCGGCGCUUUAGUUAGUUUCAGUGGCGUUGCAUCGAUGAGUCUCUCGAUUGUGCCGACUCCGAUGACAUAUUCCACGACAUUCGCGGCCGUCUUCCGCCAGUGCUGAGGUGCGAUACACCCUUGACAAGACAAACAGGUGUUGUAAGGAUGAUUGCCUACUUAACGUAGGCCUACCCGUGUUCGUCAAAUGUUGUGGUGUCCUUUUUGCCCCGAGGAGAAAAUCUACAGAUAGAUAAUAAUAAGACAUGAAAGGUUUACUGUCCCUGUUGCUUCUCGUCGUGGCUGGUGUUGCCGAAGAAGACCUAGCACCGACCAUCAAGGAGCACCCCAGCAGCAUAGUGACGCCCCGUAACGAACCCGCCACGCUGAACUGCGCGGCCGCCAGGGCAUCCCGCAUCACCUGGUUCCGAGAUGGCGAGGAGGUCGUCACCUCCAGCCAGGACCCCCGCUCCCACAGGGUGUUCCUACACUCCGGCUCCCUCUUCUUCCUGAGGGUGUCGACGGGGAAACGUGACAGCGACGCCGGCACCUACUGGUGCGUCGCCUCCAACAAGUACGGCUCGGUCCAGUCCCGCAACGCCACGCUCACGGUGGCCACCCUGUCCUCGGAAUUCCAGAGGGAGCCGGAGCCCCUGGUCAAAGCCAAGGUUGGGGAGUCGGUGACUCUCUCCUGCAGGCCCCCCAAGGGGUUUCCGACCCCCGACAUCGCCUGGCUGAGGAACAAGCAAGAGGUGAUGAAUUCGAGUCGCGUCACGGUGACCUCGGCGGGCGAUCUGGUCAUAGACGAAGCUGUGAAGGAGGAUUCGGCCACUUACGUCUGCAGGGCGCAUAACGUUGUUGGAGCAAGGGAGGCGAGGCCGUCGAAGCUCGCCGUCAUGACUCCCCCAUGGUUCGAAGAGCGCCCAGCCAAUCUGACAGUUGUUUCUGGAACAGUGGUAGAACUGGCCUGUGGAGGGAGAGGGUCGCCCAUGCCACAAGUGACGUGGAGGAGACUCGACGGGAAGAUGCCCUUAGGAAGGGCCAUGAUCGAAGACCAGCGAUUAAUACUCCAACAAGUGUCUGCAAUAGACUCUGGUGUUUAUGUAUGCGAGAUUGAAAGUGAAGCAGGUGUGGCUACGGCAACUGCCACUUUGACAGUAGUUGAUGCUCCGAAGUUAAUCCAGAGGCCACAAGACCACCUUGUAUUGGAGGGUGACCCAGUGCAACUUUCUUGCAGCGUGGAAGGCGAGCCUGAGCCUCUCCUUUUAUGGCGGCUGCCCACUGAAAGCAGAUCGACCCUGUUAUUGGCCACACAGUCCAAUGGCAAUGCUAAUAUUGCUGAGAAUGGCCAGGCAUUGUUCCUCAAUAAAUCAGUGACCGAUGAUACUGGUUUAUAUAAAUGUUGGGGUGUCAGUAAUGGUGGAGGAGUUAGUGCUCAAGCCCAGAUCAUAGUGGUUAAGGCACAUCCUCCUCCAGUGAUAGGUAUAGGUCCCAAGGACCACACUGUAGCCCCUGGGGGUGGUGUUACUUUCCCUUGUGAAGGAGUGAGUGAGUCAGCAGAGCCAACUCUUACGUGGUGGUUUCGCCCAGCGGCUCAUCUUCCUUCUCGCAGACUGAGUGAAAGCACUGAAAAGCCUAGACUGUCAAUAGCUGAAAAUGGAGCUCUUAUCUUAAGGGAACUUGGUGUUGAUGAUGCUGGCAUCUACAAGUGUGUAGUUGAGGCAUCAACUGGUAAGGUAGAGCAAGAAGCCAUUCUGCGAGUUUCCAAAGAUGCCGUUGCUAAAUCGCCUUCUAAUCUACCAGCUCCACCAUCAAAACCUCGAGUUAUGGCUGUCACAGAGACUUCUGUCUAUCUUAGCUGGCUGCCAAAUUCUCACGUAGCCAACAGUACUUCACAGGGCUAUGUUGUUGAGCACUGGCGUCUUGGGUGGGAAGAAUGGAGAAUUGCCGAUGCUACUGUUGAACAAGAGUCGUGCGUGGUUUCGCAUUUGACACCUGGCCAAACUUAUACUUUUCUCGUUCGAGCUGUCAAUGGGAGUGGAACAUCGUUCCCAAGUCCCUGGUCCGAUCCUGUCACAACUCACGAUCCGGAAGACGACAGCGGCGUCACAGCAGCUGAUAUCCGCCAUGCCCAGAGACGUUUGUCACGGUCAAUCCUCACGCUGGUUAAUGCAUCAGCUGUGACUCCAGAUUCUGUGUUUUUGAAAUGGGAGUUCUUGACGCCUGUAGAAGACUCAGUUGAAGGAGUGUUGGCUUAUGCUGUGUCUGUCAAAGGCAGUAUACACCUAACGACGGUCUAUGGAUCAACUCAGUCAUCAUAUACCAUACAGGACCUGCAUCCAAACACCGCUUACACUUUCUUCUUAGUUCCAUUCUGGAGGAACCUGGAAGGAACACCCUCCAACUCUCACUCACUCACUACGCCAGAGGAUGUGCCCGUGGCUGCACCCAGCGAUGUUCGUGUGACCCUUCGUGAGGAUGGAUCUACCCUCAUCACCUGGACGCCUCUAUCUACAGAGGAAGCCCGUGGGAAGGUUAUUGGCUACCACGUCACUCUGACCCACAAUGGCACCCACAUCACGGAGACUGUCCCUAGCGCUUGGCUAGAAGCACGAGGCCUAACCAACGGCAGGCUUUACACUGUUCGAGUAGCGGCUAUUACCGGUGCGGGGCACGGGCCCUUUAGCGCCCCUCUCUUGAUGGACGCAGGUCCGGGCAAUACCCAAACUUAUCACGACGUCCACACCGUCAACAACGAUGACCCAAAUGUCAUUUUUGCGCAGGCUCAGACUGGAUGGCUGAUCUACCUACUCAUUCCUCUGGUUAUCGUGAUGUUCUUCGCCACUUUAUUUUACAUCAGGAGACUUCACCAAAAGACACCUCCCGCCCUUCAGCACCCUCCCCCGACAGUGUAUCAGGAUCCAUCCAUUUACCCAGCACACCACUCCGUCAACAUGUACAGCGAACAGAAACUGUGGCGUCCUGGCGCCAGUGGAGAUUCGAGUAUGUCAUCCAGUUUGCCUCCAUGCCCUGACCAAAUGCCCAACGAAUACGCUGAGCCGCGCCUGCAGCAGGCAAACGAAACUGCCGAGCCUUAUGCAACCACAGCCCUCUUGGUCCCGGCAUCGCCAAGGCUGGGUCGGAAUGGCGGCUACUGGAGGGGUCCUCAUCAGGAUCCCAACUUGCACGUGAACUGGAAUGUUAUCCCUCCCCCGCCGGUCUUUGCCCAGCCUACCACCAACCAAGAGCAUCCCAACAACUGUAGGAUGUGUAUAGCUACGUCGCAGUACGACAACGUAGGAUCGUCGUCACAGCAGUACAAUAAACCCUGUGACGCGGCGUCCGACCACACUUACGAGCCGUAUUCCCAAGUGGCGCCGAUGAACGUGCGCGACAAGUUUCCUACUUUCAACAGCCUUCAGGCGAAGGGCCGUCAAAAGACCUGUCAUGAAACACACUCGGCGGAAAAUAAAAGUCCACCUCACAGCAAUACACACUGACUUCUCUCCACAGUUGAGAGAGAAAUGCUUGUGCCAUAUUGUUAUUUAUUUGGAAUAUUUUUAUAUUUUUCUUUUCGUGCAGAGUGGACCUCCGAGACUUUUGUGCUGUACAGAUUUACUAAAACACACACACACAAUACGUUGUUAAUUUAUUCAUAGUAUUCGAUAGAAAUCCGGAUAGAGAUAAUGAGUAUUGACUGACGUGCCGCCUUCCUAAUUCCUCGCGAUUGUGCGGAGUAAUGUGUAGUUCCUUCAACAGCUGUUGUUUUAUUUAUUCUUUUCCAUUCUGUAAGAAAUAUAAAAUGAUUUUGCGUAUGAAUGGAUGCAAAUGAUGCUACAGAGCCCUCUAGGAUAUUAUAUCGUUAACAGAAUAUUUUCAUUAAGGUAUUAGCCAUGAUGUUUUACGAUAAGUGACAGUACCAGAUUGGUAUGUCAAUCAUUUAUUUCUAGUCAUUUGAAUAUGUUUCUGUAUAUAUGUUACCAAACUUUAUAUUUUUACAAUAAACACUGAAUAUA